GACGCUGGCGUCGACGCUUCAAGAAAGUGUCCAAUCAUCUUGAAUUUACAGUAAUUAAUAUUCAUGAGCGACGCCCCCUCCCACCCAAACAAGAAGCGCGUUUCACGAGCUCGCUGCUACACCGUCCCCUUGCUCGAAUACAUAAAUGUGUUUGUGAUGGAUAUUAUCUUUGUGGUCCAAAUCGUCGUUCUAAGCCUGACCCUCCCGGUGCAUUGUGGGAAAAUCCUGGUGUUUCCUCAUGAAGGCAGUCACUGGCUGAACCUGAACACUUUGAUCGAGGAGCUUCACCAUAGGGGUCAUCAGAUCUCCGUGAUCCGGGCCCUCGACAGCUGGUACAUCCCAGAAACAUCACCUCAUUAUGACUCAAUAAAUGUACCGUUUUUACUAGGUGGAGAUGACCAGUUUUACCACAGCUUCAUAUUUAGACAGCUGCAGAUCAGGCGAGAGCAGCGCUGGACCCGCUUCAAGCUGGACAUGGAGCUCAAGGAGAAGUUUUCAGAAAUGCACAGAAAGAUUUGUGAGAUGGUGAUCCAUAUUGUUGAGAAGGAGCCCGCGAUCAUGAAACAGAUCAAAGAGGCGAACUUCGAUAUAAUGCUGACGGAUCCGGCGAACGGAGGAGGUGUGGUCCUCGCGCAUUAUUUACAUCUACCUUUGGUUUUUAACGUCCAGUGGACUGUGCAUGGAGAAGCGCAUUUCGCGAUAGCGCCAUCUCCUCCGUCUUACGUUCCCUUCCCGCUUUCGCAGCUAACCGAUAGCAUGAGUUUCCCUCAGAGAAUAUAUAACGUGCUGUUUUCCGCCGUUCGGCUUUUCCUUUACAGGCGAACAGUUGGUCCUCAUUAUAGUGCUUUGUGCAACCGAUUAUUCGGUCCUGGUUUGGACUACUUUGAGCUAUUUCAGGCUGCCGAUAUUUGGCUUAUGAGAGCCGAUUUUGUUUUUGACUUUCCUCGGCCGACUAUGCCUAACGUCAUCUACAUUGGCGGAUUUCAUUGCAGCCCUGCUAAAGCACUUCCAAAGGAUCUGGAGGAUUUCCUACAAAGUUCUGGAGAGCACGGCGUCAUCGUUAUGUCCUUAGGAACGUUAGUUGCUCAACUUCCAAUGGAUAUCGCUGAUGAAAUAGUCGCUGCUUUUGCUGAACUUCCCCAGAAAGUAAUCUGGAGAUACACUGGAGACAGGCCUGCCAAUGUGGGCAACAAUACACUACUGGUUAACUGGCUCCCGCAGAAUGAUCUCCUGGGACAUCCCAAAACUAGAGUGUUCGUGUCUCACGGAGGAACCAAUGGCGUUUUUGAAGCCAUCUAUCAUGGCGUUCCUAUAGUCGGCCUACCGCUUGUGUUUGAUCAGGAUUACAACCUAUUGAAAAUGAAGCAUAAAGGCGUGGCUAAAGUUUUAGACAUCGCAACCAUAAACCGGAAUAUAUUCAAAGAUGCAUUACAGGAAGUGCUUAAUGAUCCAUCCUACAGGAGUAACAUGCAGAAACUGUCCAGUCUGCAUAAGGACACUCCGCUAAAGCCGUUAGACAGCGCCCUCUUCUGGACAGAGUUUGUCAUGAGACACCGAGGCGCUGCUCACCUGCGCACGGACUCUUAUAAAAUGCCCUGGUAUUCGUAUCACAGUGUUGAUGUUGGAGUGUUCCUGGUGUCAGUUUUGUGUUUUAUAGUUUUUCUUAUGUUUAAAAUUGUUCGAUGUUUGUGUUGCAGGUUUUGUGCAAAAACAAAUCGAGCAAAACAGGAUUAGGUGUAAAUAUUGUUGUGGAAAAGUUGAAGAGAGUUGCCUUUAGUGCCAAUGCUG